AUAUCUGCGAAAAAAGAUGUUUAUAAUAUUAUAUAUUUUUUGUAUGCUGUUAUUCUUAGAAAUUUCUUAUGUGUAUGAGGAAUCUCAGUCUCGUAGACGAUACCUUGGAACAGCUUGGAAUACCCAAGGAAUAUUGUAAAAUGCGAAAGUCGAUAAAAUGGAUAUUGAUUGGAUGGUUUAUGAUGAUUUGUAUAACGUGGGCAAUUGAUAGUCAUUGGUCCGUAAAAAGGUUUAAGGAUAUACAGGCUAUAAUUAUCCCUCUUAUUAUACAUUAUCCUUUCCACAUCAAUACCCUCAUGGAUAUAAUAUUUAUAUUUUUUAUAAGAUAUAUUGGUACUAGAUUGAAUGUAAUUAAUGACUAUAUUGGACAACUAUCAGAGACUAAAGAAUACGGAUUUAAAUACACUUGGAAAAAGUCUCUUGUUACUCGUUACUAUGUCCAAAGCGCUGAAAAUCGUGAGCAUGUAUUGUGGACUACAAUGCACCUUUAUUUGGAACUUUGCCGAAUAGCUCGCAAACUAAAUGAUUUUUUCGGAAUGCAAAUAACCCUGCAGAUGAUGUCAUAUUUCGUUUUUUUAACUGGGAUAUUUUAUUUUCAAUAUCAUAUGCUAAUAUGUUUCAAACAAUUAUAUAAGGACAAGGACGAUCUAGAAAAUAAACUGACACUUUUAAUUCAUACUUAUGUAUGGUGCGGUUUAUACUUAACAAAAUUAGUAACAUUAAAUUACAUCUGUGAAAGCGUUGGUACCAAGGCGGAGAAAACCAAAGACAUGAUCCAUAAAUUGACAGAUCUUGUCUAUUUUAAUCAGAUACGCGAAGAUAUUUGCCAGUUUGUUUUGCAAAUAUCGCUUCAACCGUUAAAAUUCAACGGAAUGGGUUUAUUUAAUUUUGGCUACAAAUUUAUUCGUAAGUUCAUCGUAGGAAUUGUUGGUAUUAUGCUCUUUAUGAUGGAAAUGGAUACUUCUCCCUUAUCUCGAAUGUUAAUUUCGAGUAAAAACAAUGCAACAUGUUACGAGUAA